AUGUCAAAAUCAAAGAAUUUUAAAUCAUUUUACGCUGUCAAGAAGGGUAGGAAUCCUGGCAUUUAUACGCUUUGGUCUGAGUGUGAAUCUCAAGUUAAGCAAUAUCCUGGCGCUAUAUUCAAAGGCUUUAAAAACGAACAAGAUGCUAUUCAAUUUCUUGAUAUUCCCUGCAGCAAAGACAACACCAACAAAAUCCCUCAGAAACGCAAAUUAGAUUCAUCUACAGAUUCUCAAAAGAAACCAAAACCUCAACCAUCUCCGACUCCCCCUCCUCCUCCUGUCCAACGGGAUAGAGCUGGUUUCUACCACAACAAAGCUGUCGUUUACACUGACGGCGCUUGUACAAGCAACGGCAAAUCUAACUCACAAGCUGGUUGCGGCGUAUUUUGGGGUGAAAAUUCUCACCUAAACGUGUCUGGAAAACUUCCUGGUCCAAUUCAAACAAACAACAGAGGUGAGAUGUUAGCUUUAAUACGCGCUUUGGAGAGUUGCCCACGUGAUGUUAGACUUUUGAAUAUCUUUUCUGAUUCGGAGUACACUAUAAACUGUCUCACUAAAUUCAGAGCUGGCAUUGAAAAACGCGAAUUUAAAGCCUCUGGUAACAGUGAAAAGCCCAUCAAGAACGUUGACAUGAUCAAAUACCUAUACGCGUUAUUCGAUAACCACACUGCUGCUAUUAAACUCAAUUGGGUCAAAGGACAUGACAAUCAUCCUGAUAAUGAGGCUGCUGAUGCCCUUGCAGUUCAAGGUGCUAAAAUGCCUAUAGUCCCUGACGACGUCGAUUGGGAAUCACUUGCGAUCCUACAAUCUUCAAACGCAGAUGAUCUAUUCUCUUAA